AGCAUCCUUCAAGUUCGGCCCAGCGCAAUCAUUCAGGACUUUAUACAUUAAUGUGGAUUUAGUUGUACGUUGUCUUAUCUCUAAAUUUUCCCAAUAUAUAAGCAUAUAUAUUGCAAACGCCUGUAAUAAGCAUAUAUAUUGCAAACUAUAUAUGUAAGCAUAUAUAUUGCAAACGCCUGCAGCUACUGAGAAAUAUCGGUCAGGCGCCGGGCCGGCUUGGAAGCUUGAGAGACCACUACCUGCCCAUCAAUGUAAAUUAAGGGCGAAGGCGACCGCAUGUCAGACGGUUUUGCUAACAGUGUGGCCAAGGCAAUAUAUAGACCAGAAAUAAUGUUCGUCACCGUCUUACCACCGGGAGAAACCCAGGGCCAACCACAAAAGCGGCAAGUUGCGUAUGAGCUAAAGGCAACAACAUACCUGGGGCAGCCAAACCUGCAGCUGGCGGAGUAUGUGGCAGCUGUUGAAGCGACAACGGUGCAUCAGACGGCAAAACCGGGCCAGCAGGAAGCCUUGAAGCAGAUGCCAACUCUUGACCACGGGCGUGCACCUGAGCGACAGCAUUCGAAUGUGCCUGAGCAUGAGCUUGCAGCAAAGCUUGUGCCUGGAGGGUAGCCUGUGCCUGGGCUUGAGCUUGGGAAAUCGCCUCCUGGAGGAUGGGAUCCGGGGAAAUGGACGUCUGCUGGAGGAUGGGAUCCAGGGAAGUGGACGCUUGCUGAAGGAUGGAAUGUUGGGAAGUAGACGCCUGCUGGAGGAUGGGAUUUAAGGACGGAGCAGGACGGGCGCCACCGGAGGAGACUGGAAGGGAACAAAAUGGCGGCUGAAAAUUGGCCGAUGUCGAAGAACAAGGAAAUGUAAAUUUCGACAAAACGCCCGGAUUUAUUGACGGACUUGCGAUGGUGGGAACGACACUAGACGUAGGCCAAGGAUUCUGUGGCAGGUACGGGACGGGAAGCCAUGUACGAGACGCUAAACUUGGUGAAGCAGACGGCACGGAAGCAGACCACGAAGUCGUCCCAAGACUUGUCACCACCGGCGAUGGCAAAGCACUGGAGGCCGACGACACUGAAGGCAGCACAACAGGGAGAAGCGACGAAGUUGGCGAAGUUAAACCCGACAAUGACGAAACCAAACCCGCUGAUGCAAUUGAUGUAGAAGCCGACGAAAUAACAUCGCUAUGGACUGGCGAAAGCGAUAAAUCCGUUCCAGAACAACUGGACAGACUAUUAUUAGUGAGCCGAGGCAUCCAAGAUAGAAGCCAAAACCCAAACGAAACACAAGAAUCCCCAGAAAAACAAAAAUAG